AUGUCUGGGUCGCGCGCGGAGGCCGAGGAGAAGGUGGGCUCCAGACAGCGACUCCAGGUGAAUGAAUAUAAGGAAAACCAAAACAUCGCUUAUGUGUCUCUGAGACCGGUACAGACUACAGUUUUAGGAAAAACAGCUAAGGUGUAUCUUGUUCCCUUUUCACUCAGUAGCUACAAGCCAGAUCAAUUUAAGCGCCCCAAAUCCCUAUUAGAUAAGAAUUCUAACAAUGAGGUGGCAUGUAAGAAAUGUAAGAAGGCUGAAAUAAAGAAAACUUGCAGAAGGAUUUUAACUCCAAAGAUGGAAGCCACAUCUUCCAAGGCAGAAUCCACUCUGCAAAAAUCAUCCUUAGAUGUUCAUGCUGAAAGUAACAAGUGGCAAUACAAGAGCACUUCAGAUACAGUGAUUCUCAGUGCUGAUACAGAAAGCAGCCAGGAUGGAGACAGUGAUGAAGGUACCACACCAGGCAUGGAUGAUUUUUCAGGAUUGUCACCAUACGAAAAGAAGAGACUGAAGAACAUAUCAGAAAAUGCAAACUUUUUUGCUUCUCUUCAGUUGUCUGAGUCAGCUGCAAGACUCCGUGAAAUGAUAAAGAAGAGACAGCCUCCUGAAUCCAAAAGAAAGAAGCCUAAGAAGAAAGAAAAUGAGACUGGAUGUAGAAGGUCAAUGCGAUUACUAAAAGUUGAUCCUUCAGGAGUUUCAUUACCAGCAACUCCAACCCAGCCAAUAUUAGUAGCAGAUGAAAAUCCUUUGUUACCUCCUGGGCCUUUAGAAAUGACUUCUGAAAAUCGAGAUGAUAACAGUGAACUAUUUAAAGGAUUUCUGCAGACUUGGGCAGAAGUGAGCAAGACAAGAAGUAAAAACACUGAGAAGGAGUUAUCUAGCAUUAAAAGCUACAAAGCCAAUUUAAAUGGCAUGAUCAUUAGUGAAGAUACUGUUUAUAAAGUUACCAAAGGCCCAAUAUUCUCAAUGGCUCUCCACCCAUCAGAAAUUAGAACUUUGGUGGCAGCUGGGGCCAGAUCUGGACAAGUUGGGCUUUGGGAUUUGACUCACCAACCUAAAGAAGAUGGAGUUUACAUUUUUCAACCCCACAGUCAACCAGUUAGCUGUCUUUACUUCUCGCCUGCCAAUCCAGCUCACCUGCUGUCACUAAGCUAUGAUGGCACAUUACGCUGUGGGGAUUUUUCCAGAGCUGUUUUUGAGGAGGUAUAUAGAGAUGAAAGAAGUAGCUUUUCCUCCUUUGACUUCUUGGCAGAAGACGCCUCCACUUUCAUAGUAGGUCACUGGGAUGGAAGUAUGUCACUAGUGGAUAGGCGGACACCUGGAACUUCUUGUGAGAAACUUAUCAAUUCUUCUUUGAGCAAAAUAAGAACUGUACAUGUCCACCCAGUGCAUAGACAGUAUUUUAUCACUGCGGGAUUAAGGGAUAUUCAUAUUUAUGAUGCAAGGUGCCUGAACUCCAGUAGAAUCAAGCCUUUGAUUUCUUUGACUGAACACACAAAGAGCAUUGCUUCUGCCUAUUUUUCACCUCUUACUGGUAACAGAGUGGUAACCACAUGUGCUGAUUGUAAGCUGAGAAUCUUUGACAGCAGCUGUAUAUCCUCGAAGAUUCCUCUUCUCACCACCAUCAGGCAUAACACCAUUACUGGGAGAUGGCUGACCAGGUUCCAAGCUGUGUGGGACCCUAAACAAGAAGACUGUAUCAUAGUCGGCAGCAUGGCCCAUCCACGGCGAGUGGAAAUCUUCCAUGAGAGAGGAAAGUGGGUGCACUCUUUUCUUGGUGGAGAAUGUCUUGCCUCUGUGUGUUCCAUCAACGCUAUGCACCCAACUCGGUAUAUUUUGGCUGGAGGUAACUCCAGUGGGAGGAUACAUGUUUUUAUGAAUUAAGAAAGUUGCAGAGUUUUUGGUUUGACAACACUGAUUUGUUCAAAUUAA